AGGUGACCUACUUCCUGCCUCAGCAGUUCCGCUCCGUGGUGGAGGCCGCCGGCGCCUCCUGGCGGCCGCUGCAGCGGCCGCACGAGAUGACGGAGGAGAUGCUGGAGCACUACUUGCACCCGGAUGCCCCAGCGGAGGAGUUCGAGUUCCCCCUCUGCACUUUAGCGGUGGCCGCCUGGAUCCUCCCGGACUUCAUCUCGGAGCUCCGCGCGAUGCAGCCAGCCCCAGGUGUCAUCGUCUACGACCCCUUCCUGCCGCACGGCCUAGUGGCAGCCCACGUCUUGGGCAUUCCGGCCGUCAGCACUGUGACGCAUCCGGGGCCCGGAACCAUGCCGCACCCACCGCAGUUGAUCGAGGAAUGGGAACGCCAUGCCGUGGUGCGUCGGGCACGGCGGGAGAUCAUCCAGCAGUACGACUUUGAUGUCUUCGCUCAGGGCACUUUGAUGGAGUUCUAUUCCCCGGAUUUGAACUUAGUGACCACCAUCCCUGAGUUCUUUGCGCCACCGCGGCUGAGCCCCCAGUUGAAGCGCUUCGGAAACUUCCCCUUUCACUGCGUGGGACCUUUGGUGAACACCAAGUUGAAGCGGGUGGCCCAUGCCGCGCUGGACAGCGCCGAAGCCCCGGUGCCCUGGGAUGUGAUCGACCAAGCCAUCGCGCAGUCGAAACGUUUGGUGUUUCUGUCUAUGGGCACCGUAGCGACCGGAAACCAAUGGUCUGGAAGCUUCGGACCUUUGGCGGCUCACAACGGCAUUCAGAACUGCACUGGAAAGGACUUCCUCCAACGGGUCUGGCGCAUCGCCUUCGAAGCCCUUGCUGACGAGGAGGAUCUGCUGGUGCUGAUGGUGGUGGGGCCCAAGGCAGACGCCAUGGAUGCCUUGCCGGAAGCUCCGAGCAACUUCAUCAUUCGUCAGACGGUACCUCAGUUGGACGUGUUGAAGCGCUGUCGUGCCUUUAUAACGCAUGGGGGGAACAACAGCAUCCAUGAAGCUUUGGCAUUUGCCGUGCCCAUGGCAGUGAUACCCAUGUUUGGGGACCAGCCCUACAACAGCGAUGCGAUCGCCAGCCUCCGUUGUGGCUUCUCCUUUCGCUACCCUCUGCAGACGCUCAGCGCGGAGCGCUUGCGGAAGGCGGUGCGCGGUCUGCUGAUGGAGCCGUCCUAUCACUGUGCUGCGAUGCAGAUGAGUCAGAAGCUCUGCUGCGCCAGUGGUGCCAAGGGGGCAGUGGAAGCCAUUUUACGCACCACUUCCCAGUGCCACCUUGCAGGGGCUUAGCGGCUUGAGAGAAGACAUAUGUCUGAAAUUUUCGACUCUGGAAUUUCAUGGCAUAUUCCCUUUUUAGGGCUCCAUUUUCAGACAUAGCAUGGCGAGCGCUUACGGCAUGAAGUGCCAUACAGAAGUGGGGACCCACUGUCCUUCAGGUUUUUUUGUGCAUGGCUGGUCGCUGGAAGUUGAUCAUGGAUGACAACUUGUGAUGACCUGCCUGG